UCUUUUUUUACAUUUCAAAACAUUGCGAAUCAGUUGUUUAUAAAUUAUAAAUAAAUCACCUAAAAAUACUGCUUGAUGAAAAUUUCAAGAUGAGUUACGAAUUUUUGGCUGGUUAUCACAUCCCUACAAUAACUCAAGGAAUAACAACAAUAACACCUGUACCAUUUACCAAUGAGGGGCAACAGCAAACUAUGGAUAUUCCCAAUCAAUAUCAAAAUAUUAAUAGAUAUAUUCCACCAGGUUUACAAGGUACCACUAUCGCACCGAUUACGCCAUCUAAACCAUUAAAACGCAAAUAUGAGUUGGGUCCCGGAAGCGUAAGCAAGGACACCGUAGCUGAAAAGUCAACAAGUGGAGCGCUGGUAAUAUUUUAUGGCCGGGAUACCAGUUAUCCGGAAGACUUGAAUAAAUUGAUGCAUCCGCUACAUUGCGCAUUAUGUGGCGUACAAAUGAAUUCUUCAAAAAGCGCCAAGGAUCAUUAUGAAUCUAAACCACAUGAUCGUCAUAUAACCAAUUGGUUAAAACUAAACUAUACGGAAAAUGGACUAACCGCACCGACUGUGAAAAGAUUCAUUAAAGAGGGCCCAUGCGGACCAGAUACUUUCCAUUGUGAAGUGUGUGAUUUAAAAUUCGGUUCCUUGGCACAUGCGAGUCAACAUUAUGCGGGUCGUAAACAUAAACUUGUCGUUAGCAAAAUUUCGCAACCCUCUGGAUCCGGUUACUACAAUGCUGAAAAUAAAUGGGUACGCACUGGCACCAAAUUUAUACCGAAUACUGAUAGACGUUUUGGUAUCGGCGAAUUAUUCAAACAACAAACUGGCGAGACAGCUACCAAUGUAGUGUCCACCGCUGACACCACAACUCCAGCAGCAGCUGCAGAGAACGUUGCUGCUACUGUAAUUGGUGUUGCUGCUACUACUGUCGACAAGAGUUCUGUUUCCGCUGUAGAAUCUCCACUCAAAGCCAAACCAUUAUCGCUAUGUUGUGAGAUAUGCAAGGUAAACGCAACGUCUGAGGUUCAGAUGUCAAUGCAUUUGCAGGGCAUCAAGCACAAGAAAAAAUUGAAAGCUUUGUGCUUAGAUGAGUCGCUUGAACAAAGUCCAGUUGUGUCCAGUGCUCAUACUGCAUUGGUUAAAACCGAAGAUACCAUACUCGAAAGCCUUAAAAAAAGUAGCCCCAGCACAGAUUUCUCAAUGUAUCGUACACCCAGCGGCUCCUACUAUUGUGAGUGCUGUAAUAUGUCUAUGUUUCAUGUAGCAGCAUUACAACAACAUUUGGCGGGUAAAAAGCAUAUGAAAAAAGUCAUCGAAGUAAAAGAUAAGGCUAAAACUAAAACGGAUACGAAGUAAUGGAUUAAUUUGGAAUAACGUAUUUAAAUGUUUUUCGGUUUUCCAGUGGAGAGGUGUUAUAAAUAUACUCAUAUUUAGCGCUGAAGUGCUUUUGAAAGGAAGUAGAUUGCAAAAUAUAUGCAGAUAAAGGAUAUGUGAUCGAUGUAUCUUUGAAGUUAAAUGUUUUAUGUUCCGAAGGUUGAAACGAUUGCUAACGAGAACCUGUAUGCAAUACAAAAAAAUCAAAAUGUUUAUUAUAAUACAUACAUAUGUUAACCAUCAUUUAAUGGAAUAGCACAAUUAUGACUGUGUCGGAUAUAUGUACAUGAAGGAGGCCCAGCAAUGAAGGCGAACGGCAGACAAACGUUUAUCAUUAGCACAUAGUGCAAUACUUAUACACAUGUAUGUAUGUAUACUCUUAUCAUAGUAUAAUGUACUCUAACAAUCAUAUAUUAAGUGUAUAGCAAAAAAGAAUGUCAAUUUUGAGCUGCUCAAUAAAUGAUCGGGGCCUUGGAAAAGUUAUACCCAUAAUCAAAAUUUUUGUCGCUUGCUUUGGAAUACUGUGACAGAGUAUAAUGGAGAAUGCUUUAUAAUAAAAUUUUCUAAUGAUGUUGAUUUCGAAUCAUGAAACAUUUUCGAAAUAGUUUUAGAAAAUGAUGUGGUUACAAAAAUUUUUCUUAUAUAUAUUUGGAUCGAAUAAUUUCUCUACAAAUAUAGCUACGGGGGGUCAGAUAUGUAAGUUUAUGAUUCUCAUUUUUAUAUUACAUGAAAAAACAUUUAAAUUUCGGUGGGACCACUAAAAUUACUAGGUUAGAAGUACGUUAUUUCAAGCGCUCGCUAGGCGUCGCUAACGAUCACUAUUCUAGAAGUUUCUAAGGAAUAUGUUUUGUAGCAACUGUACAGGCACUGACUCACAAGCGUACAGUGGAACAAAUUGAUUAAAUUUCUGCAAACAAAGCACCAACCACCGCCACAGACACACCCAACACCUAACAAUAAAAAAUUGUAUCUUUAAUUGUAAACCUCCGACUCAAAAAUGAAAGGCCAAGUGCAUUUUUGUUUAUGUACUCAUAUAUUUUUAUCGCUUUUUAAUUUGUUUAAUACAGUUAUAUGAUCUAAAAAUUUACUUAUGUAAAUUAAACCUGCCGUUCGCAUGUCUGCACAUUCAUCGAAUUCGCAUUAAAAACAAAACAUAAUUUGUGGCCAAACUCGUUAAGUUUCACACCGCUCGCUCGCGCGCGCCUACUGCAACAUAUACUUCAGCAAGGAUAUUUGAAAUAAUGAAAUCAAGUUUUGUCUGGCUAAUAAUAAAUGCUUUCUUUAGUUUCCAUUCAUAAAUUAAAAUUAAUUCGAUACAAACUGCUUAUGAAAUAAUUGUUAAGUUAAACGUAUUAGAAAAUGGUAAAAUUUAUACAUGGAUGAUGUGAUCCAUUCUGGUUGCAAGCACUCUUGAGCGGCUUUGAAUGUCCUCUCG